AUGGGGUCGUCGCUGUACACGGCGACGCUGACCAAGCUGUAUAUGAAUGCCAUGGAGCCGCUCUUGCAAGCGAUGCAGCGGCUCCAUGUCACCCUUCCCGAACACCCACCGAAAGUCGACACCGAUCCCAUCGCCAUCACCCCCGUCGACAAAGUGCUUGCCAGAGUGGGGCCCCUUGACCGCACCCAGUUGGACCGAAUUGUGGAUAAACCACUGGCCAAGCCUCAACAAGCACUGGAGCUGUCAGUGGAGGCGAUUCGCAGCCGGUGUGCCGUGAUUUCGGCGUCUAGAGACCAGCUGCCCGACGAGGUAUUCAACAUGGUAAAGCUGGCGCUUGCGGGCAACCCGCCGGACGAAGAGCUCCAGCUGAGUCUCUUUGACAUCUUGGGGUUUGAGGAAUUUGAAUUGAUUGCUGAUAUCAUCAAAAACAAGCAGGAAAUAUCGCAGGAGACGGGGGUCAAAAUCAUGACGGCGGAGGAACGGGUGGCGAUGCUAGAGGAAAACUACCGCCGCACCCAGAACCAACCGUUGGCACCUAAAUCCACUACAUCCAAAUACCCCCACGUGUUUAAAAAGCACGAAGUGGGCAAUAUUCAGGCGAUUACGGGAAAACGAGUUGCCCUUCCAGCGGGUACUACGCGAGCACUGUACCCUACGCAUGAAGAGCUUGACAUCCCUGCACCUGAAGCUCAGGAUAACGUGUGGAUCAAAGACCACCAGCUUAUAAAGCUUUCGUCGCUUGAUUGGUUGUGUAGGGGCACUUUCAAGGGUUACAAAACCCUCAAUAAAAUGCAGACGUUAGUAUACCCUGUGGCCUACGAUACCAACGAAAACAUGCUUGUGUGUGCUCCCACCGGUGCGGGUAAGACUGACGUGGCCAUGCUCACCAUUCUCCAUUGCAUUCACCAGUUUAUCACCGAAACUGUUGACGAAGACGACGAAGUGACGUUUGACAUUGCCAUUGACGAGUUUAAGAUUGUCUACGUGGCUCCCUUAAAGGCACUUGCCGCGGAAAUCGUGGAAAAGUAUCUGAAAAAGCUUGCCUGGCUCGGCAUCAAGGUUAGGGAGCUUACAGGGGAUAUGCAGUUGACCAAACGCGAAAUCAUGGAUACCCAGAUCAUCGUCACCACCCCAGAAAAGUGGGACGUGGUCACGCGUAAGGCUAACGGCGACACCGAGCUCGUGGCUAAAGUGAAACUUUUGAUCAUUGAUGAAGUGCAUUUACUUCAUGAAGACCGUGGUUCCGUCAUUGAAACGUUAGUUGCCCGUACCCUUCGCCAAGUGGAAGCCACCCAGCUGAUGAUUCGAGUAGUGGGGCUUUCGGCGACAUUGCCCAACUAUAUGGACGUUGCCGACUUUUUGGGGGUUAAUAGGCAAGUGGGGAUGUUCUACUUUGACCAGCUGUUCCGCCCGGUGCCGUUAGCUCAACAAUUAAUUGGGGUACGAGGUAAAGCGGGUCUGAAAACUGCUCGUGAGAAUAUCGACCGAGUACUGUACGAUAAGCUUGCCCACUACGUGGCCCAAGGGCUCCAGGUGAUGGUGUUUGUGCACUCUCGAGGCGACACCGUCAAACUGGCGCGUAACUAUAUCGGCAUGGCCCGUGACCACGGCGAAAGCGAUAUGUUUGACUGUUCGGAGCUGCCUGAGUAUGAACGGUUCAAGCGCGAGGUGGCGGGUAAAAACCGCUCCAAGGACGUGCGUGAGCUCUUCCCGCUGGGGUUCGGGAUUCACCACGCAGGGAUGUUGCGGUCUGAUCGUAAUUUAACCGAGAAAAUGUUUGCUGCUGGUGCCAUUAAAGUGCUCUGCUGUACCGCCACGCUUGCGUGGGGGGUUAAUUUACCUGCUGCCGUUGUUAUCGUCAAGGGUACACAAGUAUACGAUGCCAAACAGGGUGGAUUUGUUGACUUGGGUAUUUCCGAUGUCAUCCAGAUCUUUGGGCGUGCCGGUAGACCCCAAUACGAACUGGUGGGUACGGGUAUUUUGUGCACCACCAGCGACCGUCUCGACCACUACGUCUCGUUAAUCACUCAACAACAUCCGAUUGAGCUGAAACUUAUGGCUAAGCUUGUCGACAACUUGAAUGCGGAAAUUGCCCUUGGCUCAGUCACUAAUGUGGACGAAGGGGUAAGAUGGCUUGGUUAUACCUAUAUGAUGGUGAGAAUGCGGCAAAACCCAUUCUCGUAUGGGGUUGACUGGAAGGAGGUGGAAAAUGACCCACUCCUUACAAUGAAACGGCGCCAGCUCAUUGUCGAUACCGCUCGACGUCUCCACCAAUUACAAAUGAUUGUGUUCGACGAAGAGCUGGAGCUGUUUACACUGAAAGAUUUGGGUCGGAUUGCCCUGGAUUUCUACUUGCUUAACAACUCAGUGGAAGUGUUUACGACGAUGAUGAGCCCCAGAGCUACCGAGGCCGACGUGUUGGCGAUGAUCUCGAUGCUGGCGGAGUUUGACGGGAUCAAGUUCCGCGAAGACGAGAAGUCUGAGCUUAAACAGGUACAAGAACGCGAUGCUCCCUGCCAAAUUGGUGGCGACUUGGAACUGCCAGCGGGGAAAACUAAUACUUUACUUCAGGCCUACAUUUCUCAAGCAGGGUUGAAGCACAGUGCCCUUAUCCUGGAUUGUAACUACGUCGCCCAAAACGCUGCUCGUAUCUGUCGGGCUCUUUUCCUCAUUGCCAUGAACCGUCGUUGGGGUCAGCUCAUGCUGAUUAUGCUUGCCCUCUGCCAGCUGAUCGACCGUCGUCUCUGGUGGUUCGACCAUCCUUUAGCUCAGUUUGAUUUGCCGGAGCUGGUGCUCAAACAGCUCAGACACAAACAGCCGCUGAUGGAGAUGUUGCGAGAUAUGGACGGGCCUGAGAUCGGGGACUUGGUGCACAACCAUAAGGUGGGGAUGACCAUCGAUAAGUUGAUGGACAAGUUCCCGUAUCUCACCCUUGAAGCCGAGAUAUUCCCUGUUACCGCUCAGGUGAUGAGAGUGCAAGUGAAAGUACACCCGGACUUCGUGUGGGACGAGCGCUACCACGGCCACGCCCAGUAUUUCUGGAUAACCGUCGAGGUCACCGACAAUCUGAGGGAGAUCCUUCAUGUGGAUAAAUUGAUUAUUAGUCGCAAACUGAUCCGGGCCCCGCACGAGCUCGAGUUCAUGAUCCCCUUGAGUGACCCGUUACCGGGCCAAGUGGUGGUGAGAGCCGUCAGUGACGCCUGGUUGGGUCUGGAAACGGUGCUCCCAGUGCUGUUCCAACACUUGAUUCGUCCGUGCAACGAUACUGUGCGCACCAAUCUCUUGAGACUCCAGCCGUUGCCAGUGACGGCACUUCACGACCCAGAGAUUGAGGAGAUUUACCUGCCGAAGUUCCGCUAUUUCAACCCGAUGCAAACAAUGGUGUUCCACAGCUUAUACCACACUAACGAUUCAGUGUUUGUUGGUUCUCCUACUGGUUCAGGUAAAACAGUGGUGGCCGAAUUGGCGAUAUGGCACGCGUUUAAGCAGUUCCCGGGGCUGAAGGUGGUGUACAUUGCGCCGAUGAAGGCGUUGGUGCGGGAAAGAGUUGAUGAUUGGCGUAAGCGGCUUAAUCGGCGGGUGGUGGAACUCACCGGUGACUCGCUUCCGUCGCUGGCUGAGAUCAGAAACGCUGACAUUAUCAUCACCACCCCAGAAAAGUUCGACGGGAUCUCGCGUAACUGGCAAACACGUAAGUUUGUCCAGCAGGUCCUGUUGGUGAUCAUGGACGAAAUCCACUUGUUGGCACUGGACCGGGGGCCCAUCCUCGAGAUGAUCGUGCUGAGAAUGAACUAUGUCGCCAAGAAGACCGCCAAACCGAUCAGAUUAUUAGGGAUGUCGACAGCAGUGCUGAACGCGAUGGACAUGGCUGGGUGGCUUGGCGUGAAACAAGGUUUAUUCAACUUCCCUCUGAGUGUGCGGCCAGUGCCAUUGCAGAUGUACAUCGACGGUUUUGCCGAUAACUUGGCGUUCUGUCCGCUCAUGAAGACCAUGAACAAACCGUGCUUUAUGGCGAUCAAGCAGCACCUGCCUACGAAACCAGUAUUGGUGUUCGUGGCACUGAGACGGCAAACGCGGUUGACGGCUUUAGACCUCAUCCACAUGUGUGGUAGUGAGCUGAACCCGCGUCGCUUCCUCCACAUGGACGACGACGAGCUUGCUGAAGUUGUUAGUCGCGUCCUGGACGAAACGCUUAAGCUUUCGCUUCAAUUCGGUAUGGGGUUGCACCAUGCCGGGUUGGUUGAGUCCGAUAGAAAGAUUGCCCAUACCCUUUUUGAACAGGGUAAGAUCCAAAUCUUGAUUGCGACGCUGACGUUGGCGUGGGGGGUGAAUUUGCCUGCCCACUUAGUGGUGAUUAAAGGUACUCAGUUCUUCGACGCGAAAAUCGAAGGGUACCGGGAUAUGGACUUGACGGAUAUUCUCCAGAUGAUGGGGAGAGCCGGGAGACCCGCCUACGAUACUCUGGGUACGGCGAUUGUGUUCACUCAGCAACGGAAGAAGCUGUUCUAUAAACACUUCUUGAACGUGGGGUUCCCAGUAGAACUGUCGCUUCACAAGGUGCUUGACGACCACUUGGGGGCCGAGAUUGCCGCGGGCACGAUUGAGACUCGGGCCCAGGCGAUGGAGUUCUUAACGUGGACGUUCUUGUACCGCCGGGCCCAUAACAACCCCACCUAUUACGGCAUUGACGAUACUCUGGUGGAGCUGGUGCUGAAGUACUUGACCGAGCUUAUUGACAGUACCUUAUCUCGGUUGGAACAGCUGAAGUGUGUCGUGUAUGGCGAAAAGGGUAGGCUCGUCGCUACGCCCUUGCUUCAUAUUUCGUCGUACUACUAUUUGAGUCACCGCACCAUGAGACUCGUGGUCGACCGGGUGACGCCAGAACUCCUGUUUGCACAAUCGCUUCAGCUCUUGGCGUUGGCCGCAGAAUACGACGAGCUUGCCACGCGUCACGGCGAGGAAUUGAUCAAUAUGGAGAUGCUGCGGGCGAUGCGGUAUCCCCAGGAAGACCUCGACAAGGAGUUUGUGUGGGACCCCCACGUCAAGGCGUACUUGCUUGUCCAGGCAUACAUGCUGCGGGUGGAGCUCCCCAUUGCCGACUACGCUCAGGAUACGGUGUCGGUGCUCGACCAGGCGUUGCGUAUUCUCCAGGCGUACAUUGAUGCUGCUGCCGAGUACGGCUACUUCGCUGCGGUCAAAACAUUGGUGCUGGUGAUGGUUUGUUUGAAGCAACGCAUAUGGUACGAUGAACACCCUGUACUGGCGCUUCCUGGUUUAAACCCGGUACCGUUAGAUGAUAAGGCCUACCAUGGUCUUUCACUUGAGAAAUUGGGAUGGAAGUCUGCCGAUGACCUCUAUAAACUUGCUUCUCGUCUCCACUCCACGAAGACCAAGGAGUUUGUUCGGAUUUGCCGCCAUUUACCUGUGGGCAAGUUCAAAGUUAAUUUGGUUGAGGACGACGAAAUCGAGGUGACUUUGGCCCACCACAACCCGCCGUUGAAUCUGGAGUUCAAAGUGUACACGCCGCUGUUCCCUAAACAGCAACGGGAGCUGUGGUUUGUGAUUAUGACCGACGCCGACAACCGCGAGUUGCUUGCCCUCAAACGGGCGCUGCCAUCCAUGGCAGGUAAAUUGGGUAAAGUGAGAACCGUACUCGACGUGCCUGACGAUGCUCGCGGACGUAGUGUUCGCAUCCACAUGAUCAACGACGGUAUGGACAUCUCAUAUAGUAGUGAUCUCCAAUUAUAG